AAAACUGGAUUAAUAUAAAAGUAAUAAAGGGGAGAAAGAAAAUAUAACCAUAUUUGACAACAGGACACUCAUUCGUUUCUAGAUGACUGAAAAUACUGACAGAACAAGAGCCAUACGAGCUGAAAAGCAAGUCGAGCGAUUAGAAAGAGAGCUUGAAAUGAUAAAGUCUCGUUUCAAGGUAUUUUUUCUCGAAAAAAAAAAAAAAAAAAAUAGUGCUUCGCCUUGCUUUUUUAUUUAUUUUAUUUAUUUUUAUGGCUUUAGAAACCAACAACUAAUGGAGGUUCUUCACCUUCUCCCAUGGACAAGACUAAUUUUCAAUUAUCCGAACAAGUCAAAGAUUUAAAGUACCAAUUAAAGCAUCAAUUGUCAGAACACUCAAAACUACAAGAGAACUCAGCUUCGAGGAUAAGUAAGGAUUACUCUUUUUAUAGGUCAUUGCGAGAUCCUUGAACUAAUCGUUCAUAUAUAUAGCUGAAUAUGAGGAAAAAUUAAAACGAAUGAGAGAAAUUUUCGGCCAAGCGUCGAAAAAUAUUGAUGGAUAUCGUGCCAGUAUAGCUUCUAAAGACGUUGAGAUUGAGAGAUUAAAAGGAGAAUUAGAGGAAUCCAGUGUGAGCGAGCAAUCUUAUAAAUCUAAAUAUGAAGCACAACAACUGACCAUCGAGACAUUAAAUACGGAAAUUACAAGUCAAAAAACCUUUUACGGGACCGAGAUUAAACGUUUGGAAGCGAAAACGAGGCAAUUAUCAAACCAACUUGAACAAACAAAGAAUAAUUAUGAUCAGUAUAAAAAACGGGCUCAUGUGUUACUCGAGAAAAACAAGGAAAAGUCGGAUAGUGGAAGAGUGAAUGAAUUGGAGGAACUUGUUCAACAAUUACAAUCACAAAAGACAAAAUAUGAAUUGGAGCAAGCCGAGAAAUCUGAACAUCAGUUGUUAUUAGAACAUGAUAUUAGAAAGGCCAUUGAUCGAAUUCACGAAUUAGAGACCACCCAAAAUAACAUGGCUAAGGAAAGAGACAAUAAGGAUAAAACCAUACGUGAAUUAAGCCAAACAUUUGCUACUGAUAAAGAGAGUCUGGAGAAAAAAUUACAGUCCACCACGUUAGCUCAUAACCAAGUUAUGCAACAGUUAAAUGAAUUAAAGAGCCAGUAUAACAAUCAAGCUGACAUAAUUAGCACCACAAAAGAGGAAACGGACGAUGAUAUGACGCAGAGAUACAUCGAUAUGAAAAUGCGUGUGCAUGAACUAGAGGAGUCAAAUGAUUCACUUUAUCAACAGUUGUUAUUGAAAGACAAUGAAAUCGAGAAAUUAAUCGUAUCUACACCCACUUCACCACCCGCAGAAGAUUUAAACAAUAUUCCUAUUGUAAAGGAUGAUGAGAUGGACAAUAAGAGAUAUAUUGGCAAUGAUGUAUAUGCUUCAAUGAGUUCUUUACUUUCACCACUUGUGUCACGACAAAUACCGGAUGAACGGAUUGGUUUAGAAAAACAGGUACAGCGUUUAAGCGAAAUGCUGCAUGAAAGUCAAGAUAAAGUCAAUGCACUAAAAAGCCAAGAAAAGAUUUUAAAGGAUGAACUAAGAAAAAUAGAUGCGUUCGAAAAGAGACAAGAUGUGAAUGUCGAAUACUUGAAGAACGUGCUUGUCAAAUUUCUCAUGUCUGGGAAUAAACAGGCAAUGGUACCGAUUCUAGCGAAACUUUUAUGCUUGGAUACAGCAGAAACAAACACUCUCAUGGAAAAGUGCAUAUAGUAUCACCACGAUGAUGUAAAUAUAAAGUUUAGGUUCCGCUACACCAUUCGAUUUUUGAAUAAAAAGGCUUUACUUUUUGGGAUUCUU